AUGCAGAACGCAAAUCUUGCCUUUGAUCCUUCAAACCAGAAGCAGUCAGACUUGGAGAACUUGACAAAGGCGAGCAAUCUCGACAACACUCAAGCAUCCGCACUUCUGUCUUCCCUUUCAAGAUCUUUUGCUCUCAUCCAGGGCCCUCCUGGGACUGGUAAGAGUUACACCGGUGUGGCAUUGCUCAAGACCCUAGUGUUCAACAAGGAGGCAGGACGCCUUGGUCCCAUACUCGUCGUCACCUUCACAAAUCACGCUCUGGACCAGUCACUGGAGAACCUUCUGGACCAAGGCAUCACCCAGAUUGUCAGAUUGGGUAGCCGUUCCAAAUCCGAGCGAUUGACUGAACUCAACCUCCGAAAGGUUGCUGAAAAGGUUGACAGAACUCGUUCUGAAGUAUCCGAGAAAAAGAGAUCNAAGUUGCUACUGGACGCGGAGGCCAAGGUAAUCAACCAACAUCUGGCCGAUCUCUCCAAUGAUCUUGAGAAUAUCAGAGAGCACCUUAUGCGCACCAAUCCUCAACACGAGGCACAGCUCUUUGGUAGCAGCGAGGACGAGGAGGGUUUUAUCGAGGUGCGCUACGGAGGUCCAGGUGCUCGUCUCCAAACUUGGUUGCAUGGAGGUAGAAACUUUUGCUAUGACCGACCUAUCGAGGUCAUCUACACUGUCGCCAAUCUGAACGACCUCUCAAAUUGGGAACGACGCAGAUUGAUCAACUACUGGCUGCAAAGUGCUCGCCAAUCCAUACUCGACGCCAUCUUGGAUCGAGUUCGACACUUCAAUGAGCUCAAGGCAACUCAAGAGGCCAUCAACAACGAGUUGGAUCUCCGCGUGUUGACCCAGGCCGAUGUUAUUGGCGUCACCACUUCGGGCCUGGCUCGUCAUCUCAAACUCUUGCGCAAGCUGUCCUCCAAGGUCCUCCUCUGCGAAGAAGCCGGCGAGGUACUUGAGUCGCACCUUCUGACUGCUUUGUUGCCCUCUGUUGAGCACGCAAUUCUCAUUGGCGAUCAUCUGCAACUCCGACCCCAUGUUCAAUGCUACGAUCUUUCUCAGGAAAGUGUUCAAGGUCAACAACAUGCUCUGGACACUUCGCUCUUCGAACGACUAGUUACAGCACCUGACGGUGGAGUUCGUCUUCCUUUCAGCCGUCUUGACACACAAAGACGAAUGCACCCAGACAUCGCAGAGCUAGUGCGUUCCACCCUGUACCCCUCGCUUUUCGAUGCGCCGACCACUUUGACACGCCCCCAAGUGACUGGCUUGAAGAAUAGGCUCUUUUGGUUCGACCAUCAGCAUCUAGAGUCGAAAGGCGACAUGCAGUCUACUUCGCAUACGAACGACUUUGAGGUUGAGAUGACCACUGCCCUUGUCUCGCACUUGAUCAAGCAAGGCACUUACAAGCCUGGAGCUAUUGCAGUCCUCACGCCAUACCUCGGACAGCUCAGAAAGCUGCGUCGCCGGAUGCAGAGCUCUUUCGAGGUUGUGCUAGAUGAUCGUGAUGUCAAGAGCCUUGAGGACGAAGGCUUGAAUGAUGAAGGUGUGGACGAUGCGACCGGACUGAGAGCUCCACCAGCCCCUGGUGUUCAAAAGGGUUCAAUCGCUUCGGCCGUUCGUAUUGCAACAGUCGACAACUUUCAAGGCGAAGAGGCUGAAGUCGUCGUCAUCUCUCUCGUGAGAAGCAAUGACCAGAAGAAGUGCGGCUUCCUGCGAACAUCUAAUCGAAUCAAUGUUCUUCUGUCACGAGCUAAGAACGGCAUGUACAUCAUUGGCAAUUCGGCCACUUAUCAACACGUACCUAUGUGGACUGGGGUCCUGCAACUGCUACAGAUGGACGGGAACAUUGGAAUUGCGCUGGAGAUCUCUUGUCAGAGGCACAGCGGCGAUGAGAUGACGGUCUCGACACCUGAUGACUUCGUUCAACUUGCACCUGAUGGUGGCUGUGUUCUUCCAUGCACCCAGCGGUUACUCUGUGGACAUGCUUGCACUGCCAGUUGUCAUUCACAGGUCCUUCAUGAUGCUGUCAAAUGUCUCGCUCCAUGCACAAGAAAGGUGGGAAAGCAUGAUUGUUCCCAUCCUUGCCCUCGAGUCUGUGGAGACUUUUGUCCACCCAAAUGCGAAGAGAUCAUCGAAGACAUCGAGGUCGAACUUCCCUGCGGUCACGUCAAGAACUCUCUUCCAUGCUGGCAGUACCUUGAGCAAGACCUGAUCCAGUGUGACGAGAUUGUGCAGCGUACUGUCCCAGGAUGCCUCCACGAGGUCACGGUGGCCUGUUGGACAGAUGUCAACGAUGACAACUUCGAGUGUAACGCUGUGUGUGGCGACCAGUUGGCUUGUGGUCAUGAUUGCAAGAACCCCUGCAAGAAGUGCAAGGAGAGGAUCGACAGCCGCAUCGUCGAGACCAACCAUGGCAAAUGCCGCCAAGCAUGUGGUCGAGCCUUUACAAGCUGCUCUCAUAGCUGCGUCAAGUUGUGCCAUUCGGACAGUGAUUGCGGCCUUUGUAAGCAGCUUUGUGAGGUCAAGUGCAGCCAUUCCAAGUGUGCUCGCAAAUGCUCUGAGCCAUGCCCUCCAUGUGCAGAGAAAAUCUGUUCUUCUUCUUGCCCUCAUAGUGAGUGCAGCAUGCCCUGUGGAGCACCUUGCGAUUGGGUUCCCUGCUCCCUGCGAUGUGAGGAGAUCUUGGCCUGCUCUCACCAAUGCCCUUCGGUCUGUGGUGCUUCUUGCCCCGAUGUCAAGUUCUGUCAGGAGUGUGCCAAUAAGGAGACCAAGAAUCGUACGGUGGAUUUGAUUAUGAUGAGCUCGUACCAGGAUGUUAAUUUAGAUGAGGAGCCUUGUAUCUUCCCUACCUGCGGGCACUUUUACACCAUCGGCACCUUGGACGGUCACCUGGGCCUCGCCGAGCACUACGUUCUGGAUGAAGCCGAGCUUCCAAUCGCACUCAAGGCCCCCGAUGACAGUCUGGACGUCGAUAAGACUCGGAUUGUCUGCCCAGACUGCCGUCGAUCUCUACGCGAUAUUCCUAGAUAUGGCCGAAUUGUUCGUCGCGCUCUCCUUAUCCAGAGCACUCUGAAGUUCAUCACUUGGUCAAACAGCGAGUAUGUCACAUUGUACCAACGUUUCACAGAAACAAACAUGAAUCUGCAGGACAGUCCUGGAGAGGCCAAGCCAGCACAUGUCAGCCUCCUUAUUCAAGGCUCCCGAGAUGUACAGAUGCGAGCAAUCAGAGAGCUUGUUGAGGGCCAAGAGCAGCCUUUCAAGCAAGUNGUAGCACUUGUCCGCUACGCUCGUAUGAGCAAGCGGACUGAUACGGACUUUGUUUUCGAUGAGAGCGUCAUCCUGCAAACCAGAUCUCACACCUUGGCAACUUCGCUGCUCCUUCGCUGUGAAUUGACAAUUCUGUCAGAUGUAUUGGCCGUUCGAUCUUCACAUAGGCUUCCAGCAGAGAUCAACACAAUCGUCAACCUCCAAGCCAACCGUACAGACUGUGAGGUCUUGUAUCAGAGAGCAGGCGAAGGUAUGCAUCAUCUACAGCAAGCCGAAGCAUUGAUCUUCUGGGCACAGUUUGCUGCUCUCGAAUUGUCGUGGCGUUCUUCUCAUGAAGACAGGUAUGUCAAUCGCUUUAUUCAAGCCGGAGAACUCCAGACUAACGAGCAACACAGUGACGACGAAAACGACUCCAUGGACAUCCUACGCGAAGAGGCCAAGGUCCGCCUCGAAGAAGCCCGCAUCUUCUGCGAUGAGCAUUCUGCAGCUCAAGCCGUAGCUUCUGAGAUUGAAGAUGUGGAGAAGAUGCUGCGCGGAGGCACAUUCUAUCAACCCGUCAACAGCGAAGAAAUGCGACAGGUUGUGGCUGCCAUGGCGACCGAGUUCAGCGGUACCGGUCAUUGGUGGCAAUGUGAGAAUGGCCAUCCUUUCACCAUUGGCGAGUGUGGUAUGCCCAUGCAGACUGCGAGAUGUCCUCAAUGUGGUGGAACUAUUGGGGGCCAGGGCCAUCAGGCUGCUGCUGGUGUUACUCAUGCUGAAGAUAUUGAGAGAGAGCUCGGCAACAUGAGAAUUUGA